CCAAGCGUAAGAACGACGGCGAGCACCAAUUUUCGCAAAAUGUAAACCGAUUUCGGGGCGUGAAAAUCGGUACCGGGUGCCGCGAAGGGGCGUUUGGGGGUCGGUGUUUGGCCCUGGCAAACAAGCGACAGUCGGAGGGCGUGCCGAGGAGUCGAUCGAGAGAGGAGCAAUUGUGAAGAAGUCGAAGGCGGACAAAGAGAGAAAGCCGUGGAGGCGAGGAAUGAGCUGAGGAUGACCAUGGCCGAGGACGACGUGCUCUUCGACGACGUCUACGAGCUGUGCGAGAUCAUCGGCAAAGGGCCUCACAGCGUGGUGCGGAGAUGUCUGCACAGACAAACGGGCCAGCAGUUCGCCGUCAAGGUGGUGGAUGUGGCCAGGUUCACCGCCACCCCCGGCCUCAGCACAGCCGACCUGAAGAGGGAGGCGACCAUCUGCCACAUGCUGAAACACCCUCACAUCGUCGAGCUGCUUGAGACUUACAGCUCCGAGGGGAUGCUCUACAUGGUGUUUGAAUUCAUGGAUGGCUCCGACCUGUGCUUUGAAAUUGUUCGCCGGGCGAUGGCCGGUUUUGUCUACAGCGAAGCCGUUUCCAGCCACUACAUGCGGCAAAUCACAGAGGCGUUGCGCUACUGCCACGACAAUGAUAUCGUGCACCGAGACAUCAAACCGCACGCCAUCCUGCUGGCCAGCAAGGAGAACUCGGCACCUGUUAAAUUGGGCGGUUUCGGCUCUGCGGUCCAGCUGGCCGAGGGUCAGACUACAUUGCAACCGCAGCCAGGUCGCAUGGGCGCUCCGCACUUUAUGGCUCCAGAAGUUGUUCUACGACGCCCCAGUGGCAAGCCGGCUGACGUUUGGGCCCUCGGCGUGCUACUCCAUGUGCUUCUCAGCGGCGCCCUUCCUUUUGUUGGUUCCCGAGACCGGCUCGGGGACAGCAUUGUUCGGGGCCAACUGCGACUGGAAGGUGGCGAGUGGAGUGUGGUCAGUGGAGGCGCAAAGGAACUCGUGCGAGGCAUGCUGAUGACUGACCCUGCUCACCGCUUCACCAUCCACCAGGUCCUUUCUCACCCUUGGAUCAAGGAGCGUGCAAGUGGUGCUCCAAAAAUGCAUUUAUCGGGAACUGUGGAUGAGAUGAGAAGAUUUAAUGCUCGGCGUAAACUUAAAGGAGCUGUCCUGUCAGCCGUUUCCUCGUCAAAAUGGGGACUUCUGGGGGAUGAUGAACUCGCUGUGGACCAUAGGGCCACAUCAAGAGCUGUUUCAAUGGUCCUGGACUCAUUGGACGACAGUCACUGCCUGCAAGGUCGACUUGUGACCAUAAUUGACGACAUGCCACCUCAAGAGCCGGACGAACAAGACAGGGCGUUUUUAGCCUCAGUCCUAGAAGACACACAACUCCAUGCGUUGCUUGAGCUUUACGAUCGCAUCUCCAGUCGUGCGAUCAGUCCUUCAAGGGCACCACCAAGCGACUCUGUUCAGCGUUGCAGGGACCUAACAGACUGGUUGAGGGACACAUUAGUAAAUGUAGGCGUUUCGAACCAUGUCCACCACACUCCAACCAACAACAAUGUUCAGGCAGAAAUGCGCGAGCUGGCCACCAUCCUCAUGAAGCCACAUUUUAAGGCGCUGCUUCAAGCACACGACGUGGCCUCGCACGAGGUGUAUGGUGCAGGCGCGGUGCGCGUGACGCCCCCGCCCUUGCUGCCAGGUCCGUACCUGAAUGGCAGCGAGGAAGGCGGCGGCGGCGGCCUCAUGGGUGGCGUCGACAGUGGCGACGAGGGUGGCCCCGAAUGCGAGAUGGUCACCCGGGUGCGCCUCGUGCAGUUCCAGAAGAACACCGACGAGCCCAUGGGCAUCACACUGAAGCUCAGCCCUCAAGGCCAGUGCGUGGUCGCCCGCAUUAUGCACGGCGGAAUGAUACACCGCCAGGCCACCUUGCACGUGGGCGAUGAGAUCAGAGAGAUCAACGGAGUGUCGGUGGCCAACCAGUCAGUUAGUACCUUGCAAAAAAUGCUGAGAGAGGCAAGAGGCUCAGUUACUUUUAAAAUCGUGCCCUCGUAUCGCAGUGCACCGCCACCAUGUGAGGUAAAUACUCCUGCCGAGAUGCAAUACACAUUCCACUCCUUGUUCAGGAUUAAGCCUCUCCCUGUUUUAAUCUUUGUGCGCGCACAAUUCGACUACGAUCCCCUGGAGGACGACCUCAUACCAUGUGCUCAAGCCGGCAUCGCCUUCAAGACUGGCGACAUUCUGCAGAUUAUAAGUAAGGACGAUCACAACUGGUGGCAGGCCCGCAAGGACGUUGCUUCCGGCACCGCUGGCCUCAUUCCCUCGCCGGAGCUGCAAGAGUGGCGGACGGCCUGUCAGGCCAUGGAGAAGGCCAAAAAUGAACAGGACGGCAGUGCAGGAUGCACCUCUCAAAAGGAGACGUGUGAUGGCACCCCAGUGAACUGCUCUAUCUUUGGACGGAAGAAGAAGCAGUCUCGAGAUAAGUACCUGGCAAAGCACAAUGCAGUAUUUGAUCAGUUAGACCUUGUCACAUACGAGGAAGUCGUCAAACUGCCCUCUUUCCAACGCAAGACCCUUGUGCUGUUGGGCGCGCACGGGGUGGGACGCCGACACAUCAAGAACACACUUAUCGCCAAGCACCCGGACAAAUACGCCUAUCCCAUUCCUCACACAACCAGGCCGCCAAGAGCAGACGAGGAAAACGGCCGGAGCUAUUUCUUUGUGUCUCACGACGAAAUGAUGGCAGACAUUGCAGCUAAUGAGUACUUAGAAUAUGGCACACACGAGGAUGCCAUGUACGGAACUAAGUUGGAAACUAUUCGAAAGAUCCAUCAGGACGGCCUGAUGGCAAUCUUGGACGUCGAGCCUCAGGCGCUCAAAAUCCUCCGCACCGCCGAGUUUGCUCCUUAUGUUGUGUUUAUCGGCGCCCCGGCUUUCGGGGCUGUCGGAGGAGUAACAGUAAGAAAUGCCCGUUCUACUACUUCUUUAUCAUUUAAAAAUUACGACGGAAGCUUGGAGAGACUAUCGAAGGAGUCUGACCUUCUCAAAGCUGCGUACGGCCACAUGUUUGACCUGUGCCUGGUGAACAACGACAUUGACGAGACCAUCUGCGCACUUGAACGUGCCAUUGAGAAAAUCCAGUCAAGCGCGCAGUGGGUGCCAGUGAGCUGGGUCUACUGACUGUAAAUUACAAGAGAAAGAGAGAGCAGAAGAGAAUUUUCUUGCAUUUGCUUCUAGUGAUACUCUUUGUUGUCAUUCCGGUAGUGUCGGCGCCCUAGUCAUCCGCCCCGACAAUCUCCCUUUUGAUCUUGCCCGGCGGCCGCGCCUCCCCCCCCCCCCCCCCCAAUAAUGCAUGUUGUCUUUUGCGAAAAUAAUACGUGAAAAACAAAAAAACUCAUUCAUUCAUUAUGCCAAAUUUACUCGCCCUUCUUGGAUUAACAUUUUAAGGAAAAGAGGGCUUGAAGACUUUAACGCUUCGUUAAUUUUUUAUUUUUAAAAACUUUGAGAUACUUAAAACUUACAAACACCUUACAUCCUCACGAGUCUAGUUGAAGAUUUUUUAAAUAUCGCCUCUUGGAUUUGCAUGCAUUUGAGCAGCCUGGUUGCAAUCAAGUUUUUUUGUACAUCGACAUUAUUUGACACUAAUUUUAAGGUCGGUUUGAAAUGAGCUAUGUGUUCGUUUUUAUUAAUUAAUUGUUUAAAAAAAUCCUUUUUUUUCUUGUUACUGUUUUAAUUAUGUUUUUAUAUUCUAUUCAUUCUCUCGUGUUGCAAUAACCUUAUUUACAAAUAUGACGUGGGAAAUGCAUUUUGCAGCUCAAAGUAUGUAGGAAUGGUAUAUUUUUAAUUUCCUGAUUGAUAUUGACCCGAAUUUCGCAUUACAUUGUGGAAAUCUCUUAAUUGUGUUACAAAAAGUGUGACUCGUUCAAAGCAAUCAAUGAUUUACUUUCCCUUUUCAGUCACUAAUACACUUGAACAAAAAGGGUAACGUAAGGCAUUAUUAUGUGCCAAUAAGGUUUAAGUGUGGGGGAUUUUUAAACCAUGAAUGAAAAAUAAUAUUUUAGACGUUAUAAAUUUGAAUGCCAUUGGAACAUUAUCCGACGAAAAACCAAAAAUCUAGACGAAAAAUAUUCCUUUAGUACUUAGCGAAAGUGAUGUUGAACCUAAUAUGAAAAUUUUUGUAACAUAAAAAUCUGAAAAAAGAGAAUGAUGAAAUGCAAAGUAGCUGUUAGCAAUGAAGUGGAAUGAAAAUGAAUACAAGUUGAAUAUUCACUGUAUUGGCGUUUUCAGAGAUCUAUUGUAUUCUAUUUAACAUGGCAUUAAAACAAGGAGAACUGUUAAAACGUGCUUUGUUUUAUUU